AUGAAGGAACAAACUGGUGGAAAUUCGUCAAAUAAGAAUUUCUACCUCCUAAAGGCCAUCAGGCAAAGGCUAAAUGUGCCUACUUUUCGAGUUGUACCAGCCUUUGCUGAUGCUCCAGAGAGGUGGCGCACGUCAAUGGGUGGAUUCGAUCCAGCAACUCCAUUCGCAGAGGCCCUGAUCAACUAUCACAAUCACGCUGUUACUUAUAUGAUUUUUGUGGUACUCACCGUACUACACUCUCUUAAGAAAUGA